ACAGCUAGCUCCUUACCCGCAAGCGCACAAUACCUGCGACAUACGUACCUGCCUUGCCUUCUUUCCUCGACGACUACCUAGUACCAAACGACAUUAGACCCGGUGCUUCAAAUCCCAUUCACUCAUCUUCCAACAACCAGCAACAGCUACCUCACAUAAUCACCAAACCAAACCAAACCAAAUCAACCCACAAAAAUGUCCUUCGACACAAUACUCCCCCCCUACAACGCCUCGGACCCAACCGCCCGCUUCCUCGCCUCCUCCUGUCUCGAUUUCCUGCUUAUCGAGCUAGUCCCCAUGGCGUACAGGAUAACCAACCAACUCGAUUCCGCUUCUCCGUCAGACCCUUCAGGAGCCGGUGGUGGUGACGAUGCGCAAAGUACAGCUACGGGUCCAGCGGCAGGGGUUGGGCCACAGAGGAAUAGUGUGUUAUCUGGUGGGACGGGAGGCGGGUUAAGUCCUGGUGGGUUGGGGGCAGGUCUAGGGGGAGGAGGAGGAGGAGGAGUAGGGAGUGUGAAUGGGAGUGGUGGGAGUGGAAGGAAAAUGGAUGAAGAUGAAGAAAGGGAUGCGGUUUUUGCUAGGCUGGAGGGGUUGGGGUAUCGGGUUGGGCAGGGGUUGGUUGAACGAUUCUCCCGCGACCGACCACGCUUCAACGACACGCUAGACGUCAUCAAGUUCCUCUGCAAAGACCUUUGGACGCUGGUGUUCAGGAAACAGGUGGAUAACCUCAAGACGAACCAUCGGGGCGUCUACGUCCUAACAGAUAACUCCUUCCGCCCACUAUCGCGAAUGUCCGCAGAGACGAGUAGCCAGGCCAUAGCCAGGGCGCAACCAUUCCUUUGGUUCCCAUGCGGUGUAGUCCGCGGCGCCCUCGCAGCAAUGGGCAUCAACGCGACAGUCACCGCUGAGUCAAGCGAGCUUCCUGCGGCGGUAUUCCAGAUCAAGACGAUCAAGACGCAGAACUGAUGGAGUCUUCAAAGCUUUCAGUUGCACCCGAGACCUUUAUUCUUAUUGCAUGGCAUAAGCCGGGCACUUUGGGCCCAUACUAGCGGUGUUUGUUAUGGUAUUCUGGAAGAAAGCAAAAGUAAAGUUGUAUUUAUACAAAGCUUCAUGGGACACAAGGCGUUGGCAAAGAGCACCAUAAUAAGCAUAGCGAACGAUAUUCACACCAACGUAUCAAUACACUUUCAA